AUGUUCCCGGACGUCAGCAAGGCGCACGAGGCGCUGUUCUACGAGCCGCGCUUCUGGUUCGCGCUGACGCUCGCGGUGUGCGGGAGUCUCGUCGCGGACGCGGUCGUCGAGAGCUUCCGACGCGCGGUCCGGCCGUGCGAUUUCGAGAUCUUACAGGAAGCCGAGAAGGACGCCGCCGCCGCCGCCGCCGCCGCCGCCGCCGCCGCCGCCGCCGCGGAGAGGAGGAAAAAGUCGACGACGUCGGCGGCGGCGGUCGCGUCGACGUCGACCGACCCGUCGUCGUUCUCGUUCUCGCUCCUCGGAAGCAGCGGUGACCCGCGCUCGACGCGACACGUCGGCGUCGGGAGGCACGGCGCCGCGGCGGGGACGCUUCCGACGACGACGCAUCCGUCCCCGGCGAGCAGCGGCGAAUCGUUCGGCGAUCGACGCGCGCGGCGGAAGUCGAGGAACCCGAGCGUGAUGCAGGUCGUGAGCGACCACCGCGCGCACUCGCCGGACUGGCACCCGUGA